GCGCAUGUGCAGUAACUAAAAGCGAUUUAACAGCCCGCUGUUAGGCAGCAAUAAAAGCAGUAAACAUUGCCGAAACCAGUUCAGUUCUUUGGUAACAGGCGACUUGCAAGGAUUAAAAGUGUGCGAGAAUCGAAGUCGAUUGUGCGAUUGAAUACGGCUUCGUAGCAACAAGUGUAUCUAAGUUAAACAGUUGAAAAUGUGUACGGCAAAAAUAUUUCUGUCUGUGUGCUGCUUUUGUGCGUUACUUGUUGCCAUGGUUGAUUCACGAAAUGAAUCCGAGCAGCUGCCACCGCCAUCUUUGGCUCAUAUGGAUAAAUGCGGCAGCACCGAAAAGAUGGUGGACGAAUGUUUUAAGGAUUUACCGCCACAUCUAAUGGAGUUUUUACAGAGCACCAAGAUUGUGAUAAGCAAGCAGGACAUCAUAGCCAAGUGCAAUGUUUUCAAUCGCGGAAUGCGAUGCUUUGAUGCCUACUCAGCUCGUUGUCUACAAAACCGAAAGCUUGGCAUGUUUAAAAAUAAUGUGGACGGCGCUCGCAAAUUUUUCAAAAAGUUUUGUGCCGAUGAGGAUUUUCAACGAGAUUAUCUGCGUCACAAGGAUUGCUUCACAUAUAUACAGGAAGAUUGGAUUAGCUGUACGACUUACUUCGAAAACAUACUCACAGAUGACUUGCACGAUAGCACGCGCAAUGUGAGCGAUAAAUUCAUGGAAUUUUGUUGCGCAAGGUAUGCAUAUGAGAACUGCAUCUACAAUAGCGCACGGUACAAAUGCUACAAACACUCGGCAGAAUUUGCACGGGAAACAGCGAAAAUGCUAUCAGAUGAGAAGCACUUCAGCAACUGCCGACAUCUGGAACAUAUAUGUGCGAACUCGGUGCGCAUUGUCUGGAUGCGAAGCAGUUUGCUUCCCUUGGCUGCGGUGCUGGGACUGCGAUUUUUGCGGUAUAUCGUUAGACCGUGAAAUUGCACCGACCUUGGUAGGUUGUGUGGUUUGGAUGUCCAAUUGAAAAUGCAUAGCAUUGAGCUUUCCGUAUGGGCGUGUGAUUCUCUUUCGGGUGGGUACUGGGUCGGACAGCGACACUUGCUAGACUUUAAGUUGAAUAUAAUAAAUUUCUAUGUAUAUUUGUGUUUUUAAUAAACUUAACUGUAGUUGUGCAAUAUUCGUUAAAUUGGCACGCGAAACAUAA